CGUUUGUAGUUCCUCGAAAUACCAAUAAAAGACCUCACAUUUCUCAGUUCAAUCUGACACUUAGCUACGCACAAAAUCUGCAAAUUGGAGAAACAAGAAUGGCAACCAUUAAAGUGUUUUCGGGUACUUCGCAUCCACAUCUGGCUCAAAGGAUUGUCGACCGUUUGGGUAUCGAUUUGGGCAAAGUGGUCACCAAUAAUUUCAGAAACUUGGAAACAUGUGUCGAAAUUGGUGAGUCUGUGCGCGGUGAAGAUGUGUACAUUGUACAAUCUGGUUCCGGUGAGAUUAAUGACAACUUGAUGGAAUUACUGAUCAUGAUCAAUGCCUGCAAGAUCGCAUCAGCAUCCCGUGUAACAGCUGUGAUUCCUUGUUUCCCAUAUGCUCGCCAAGAUAAGAAAGAAAUGAGUCGCUCCCCAAUUUCCGCGAAAUUGGUUGCAAAUAUGCUAUCAGUGGCCGGAGCAGAUCACAUUAUUACUAUGGACUUGCAUGCAUCUCAAAUUCAAGGUUUCUUUGAUAUUCCCGUGGACAAUCUUUUUGCUGAACCAGCCGUUCUAAAAUGGAUCAAAGAAAAUAUUACAGAAUGGAAGAAUUCCAUUAUUGUCUCACCUGAUGCUGGUGGGGCUAAACGUGUGACGUCCAUUGAUGUUUCUAUGAUGUUUGCCGAAGCCGUCUCUAUGAUGUUUGCCGAAGCCGUCUCUAUGAUGUUUGCCGAAGCCGUUAGAAGAACACAUAACGGCGAAAGUGUUUCUUAUCUCUUCUCAAAUGUUCUAUAUUUAUAA